CAAUGUAUAAAAAAGCAUUUAAAAAAAUAUAGAACGUCUUCUUAAAGUGAGAUUCAUUUAGCUAGCUAAGCAAAGUUAUCAGAUGAAAGUCGUUUAUCGCAAAGGCUGCGCUCUCGGUAAAGGUCUUUGCAGUUUGUGGCGGCCGUCUUCACCGUCACCAUAUCGACGGGCGAGCCUUUCGGGGUAUUCACUAACUUGCUCUAGAGGCAAAGCGGUAAGCCGGGCUUGAAAGAUCUUCAAGCCUACAGUAAAUAACAAUCAGCAAACAGAAAAUCAUCUAACUUGAUAACGUGUCAAGAGCUGCACUUAUACAGCGAAUGGAAUCCGUCUGGAGAACAAGAGCUGCUAAAUUGCUUGGCAGGUGAAUGAGUGGUAUAUCUACUUGAUGCUGACAGUUUCGCGAUUGUGCUAACAGAGCGUUUAAGAGUUUUAGGUGACGGUGAAGCAAGUAGAUGCCGAUCGCCGCCGCGAAGACAACGCUAACACGGCUACAAUAGGAUUAUCAAAGUGAGCGACUUCGCGCUAGACUCUCGGAUAAGGAAGACAAGAUAACAUAGUACAUGUACAGCCGUGCAGUGUAUCGGCUGAAUAAAGCGGUAUUGAAAGGGUAGUCGCAGAUCCGACGAGAUCGAGCCGCGGGAACGAGUAUCGCAAUUUUCAGUUUUGCGGGAUCUAUCCAUGAGGAAUUCUUGGAGCCUUUGCUAAAUUAUAGCCCAUAUGUAGACGGAAGCUUUGUUUCAUACGGAAGAUAAGAGAUAGACGUUAGGAUCUAAAGACAUGAAAAGUCUGAGUCUCAUUUAAGAGCAGCGGUUGCGUCGGCAGGUCAGAGUAUAAGUGCAUUCUCCAUUCAAGUUUGUAAAGGGGAAAAGAUCAGGCUUUCAAUCUGUCAACACGUUAAUAGCGGGAUAUACAACAGCAGCAGACAUCACGCGGCGAGUGUUCGUACCGAUAGCCCUGCACACAGGAGCUGGACGAAAGGGCGGAAGACAUUUUAGUGUUGUGUAAUAAAGACAUGGUUUGAUCAGGCGCUAACUAUUUAACCAAACAGAUGAAUUCGUCUUCUACACGUCUUUGUGUGCAGUAUUUACUGUCGCAGUCGCAGAACACAGAUCCGUCGCAAUGGGACCGGACCAGCGAUCUCCUCGUGUGCAUCAUCAACGCCGUGCUAAUAAUCCCAACUGUGGCACUCAACUUGUUCGUUAUACUGUCCAUCACGCGUACCCCCAGCCUCCGCAAGCCUUCGCAUGCCCUUAUCUGCCUCCUUGCAUUCACGGAUUUCGGCGUGGGGGUGCUGGUCCAGCCACUUUAUAUCGCGCGCAAGGUGCUCGCAAUGCGCGGGGACUACGAGCAGUUCUGCGUGAUUUUGCAGACGGGAGAUGUGGUCUCCCACGUGGUUUGCGUACCGUCCUUCUUCAUCAUUACCGCCACAAGUGUGGAUCGAUACCUCGCCGUCACCUCAGGCCGACGCUAUCGAAGCCUUGUCACGAACACCCGAGUGCUCCUCGUCGGGUUGGCGUCGUUGCUAUUCGCCGGGAUCGUUCUCGGAAUCCGAGUGUUAGCGAACAGGGAGAAGUACAUGGUGAUCGCGGCUGUUCUGAUGUUCUUCUGCUUAAGCAUUAUCAUAUUCUGUUACGUCAGGGCCGUGACAGCGCUCAAGACAGCUCAGUUCGGCCGGAAGUUCAACGUCACGCACUACAAGCGUGCGCUUGUCACACUAGCUAUCGUGACAGGGGUGUUGUUUUUCUGCUAUGUCCCGUUCGUGGGGUCAGUGCUUGCGAUAGCCGUCCACGGGCGUACAAGGAGGCUGAACGCCGCGCGCGAGUUGACGACCACGCUGCUCUUCAUGAACUCCUUCCUAACGCCCGCGUUGUAUGGCUGGCGCAGCAGAGAGCUUAGAAGCGCAUGCGCAGGAAUCUUAGGUGUGAAAAUGUCGCCAUCACAAGCCAACUUACAGACGGAACUUUCCACGGUAGCGGAAAACAACGCGAAAUGACACGACAAGUUAUAGAGAGCUAGGACUAGAAUCAAGGAAGACAGCUGAGCGAAAA